AGGACCGGGUGGGAGGGGGGUCUGUUGGCAUUCUUGCACCGUGUGCUUUGCGCUCGACCGGGCCUUGGCUCCAGUCCAUAUCCCCUCUCUACCCUCUCUCUCUCGCUUCUCUGACUACCGCCCCUCCUCUCCUCCCCAUUGAACACCCCCCCCCCCCCCCCUUUCCUCAACCUCUUCAACUCCCCUUGGUUGCUUCCCUAACCACUGCUCCUGCCAGGAACUCUGUGCUUUUCAACAAGGCCCCCCUGCAUGCCCCCCCUUUCCCCACACUCACUUCUCUUGCUAUCACCUUCCUUAAUCCUUCCUCAUGUAUCUCCCAUAAUUCACUGCCUGCUUCCCUUCCCCUCAACCUUUUUUCAUCUCUCUUCUAUCCCAGCCCGUGGCAGCAGGUCCAGCCUCUGUGACACAGAUGCACCCAGUUGCUCUGGGCGCUCAACAUGGGAACAAAGCUUUGGCGGGGCCCGUCUGUUGCAGUCUGGUUCAGGGUGUGUGGUGUACGUACAUGUGUGAGCAUGCGUGUGGGGACUGGACUGGAGGGUGGGUAGGAUGGAGAAAUGAGAUGCCUUAACACGCUGCUGCCCUCCUCCCUCCAUCCAACUCCCCCACACACCUGGGAUGGCUAUUUCAUUUCAGAGUGCAGCAAAUGGAAAGGCAGCCUAAGAAACAGGAUGUUAAUGCUUGACGGAAUGCCUGCAGUCCGAGUCAAAGCUGAGCCCCUGGAAUCGGAACAAGGGUCACCUAAAGUGCGCCCUUACUCUGCGAUGGACGGCGUCCCCUUCUUCCUCAGCAGAGUUAAACCCGAACCUCCAGAAGACCUGCUCGCUCACGACCUGCACUUCCACACACAGACCGAGCCUGUCGACCUGUCAAUCAACAAAGCCCGCCCCUCAUCUUCAUCCAUCAUCCCCAUCAUCACCUCAUCAUCUUCCCCCCUGAGAUCUGCUUUCUCGCCGUCGUCUUUAUCGUCGUCAUCCUCCUCCUCCUCUUCACCAUCGGUCAUCACCUCGGCCUCCUCGGUACUCACGCCAGGCCCUCUGGUUGCCCCUGGCACCGGGAUGAGAGGUCAGUCAUAUUUGCACAUCCUGCACUCUGUGCCGCCGCCUCCGUCCAGUCCUCUGAGCCUGCAGGGAGCAGGGAAGCUGGGAAGCCAUGUUCACCGAAUCCCAGUUGUGGUACAGUCACUGCCCCUCAUGUACACCACUGCCGUUCGAUCACCCUCCAGCCUCAACAACGCCAUCAUGCUACCUCUGCUGGAUGAGGCCAAAAGCCAGGGCAAAGCACACACAGACCCCAACGGCCUGUCGCCAAGGCAGAUCAAAAGUGACAGCGAAGACGAUGACCUGCCAAACGUGACCCUGGACAGUGUUAAUGAGACUGGUUCCACGGCGCUGUCUAUAGCCCGCGCUGUACAAGACUCCAUGUCCCCGUUCAGUAUUGACAGCAUACGACGCCCCCGGAGGUCAGAGUCACCAGAUUCCAAAAAGAGAAGAAUCCACAGAUGUGACUUUGAGGGCUGCAAUAAGGUGUACACCAAAAGCUCCCAUUUAAAAGCACAUCGGAGGACGCAUACAGGGGAAAAGCCAUACAAAUGCACCUGGGACGGCUGCACGUGGAAGUUUGCCCGCUCUGAUGAGCUGACGAGGCAUUACAGAAAACACACGGGGGUCAAGCCCUUCAAGUGUGCAGACUGUGACCGCAGCUUCUCCAGAUCUGACCACUUGGCCCUGCACCGACGGAGACACAUGCUGGUGUGAAUCAGACAGAUCAAAAGAAAGAAAGAGAGUUCAACUGAAACAGACACACACACACAAACACACACAGGCAGCCGGGGGAGCGGGAUCUCCCUGUGAAUGUUAGUCAGCUGGCCUGGACGCACACACACUCUGAUCUCUGAUACACACACGCACGCACUCACACGCGCACACACACUCUCAUCCGUCGUAAGAAGAGAAGAUGGAGAGGUGCACGGAGCUUGUGGAGCACAAAACAGGGUCUCUUCUGGAUCCUCUUUGGGUUGUGAGGAGUAGACGGCAGGAUCUUUUAUCGUCAUUGUUUGGAGUAUAAUAGGGAACUGUCUUUUACAGCACUGUUCGUAAAUGUUUCACUUAGAUUUUUAAGAUGAACUCGCACUCUUUAUUCGGACAAAAAAAAAUGCAAUCUGCAUCUGUCUCUUUUUUUGGUAUCUUUCUUUUCAUUGUUGUUCAAGUGGCUGCUUGUCCAGCACUCAUAAUGUGAAAGACCCCAUUGCAGGGAAUGGAUUUCCUGUGUGAGCUCUUAUGAAGCAGAGAGAAGUCAGGCCUGGACUGGAUCACAGGAAAGGACUUGGGCCUACAGGAGUUGGAACCACAGGCAGUAUUGUUGCACCAUGCCUCCCUGUGAGUCAGAUUUGUGACCGACAGGGGGCGCCGUUUCAUCACAGAUGGUUCCUUUUGCCUGCUGGAGCCUGCUGUCAUGUUCGAGGCAUCCUAUAUAGAAGCUGAAAGAGGGCUGGACUUUCACUCAUCCCAUAGCCAGCAAACAAUAAACAACAUUGAAUCAAAUAGCCACAACCUGAAUGGAUCAACCUCAUCAACACAUCUUCUGUUUCAGAUACUCAUUGCUUUAUUUCAAACAAUGAAAACAUGCAUAUCAUCACACCAGCAAAGAGACACACCAUUUACGACCCAGUCACAGGGCCGAAUUACCCCAAAUCUCAUCAGUGCUACUCUUUAUGUUGAGCCUCUUGAAAGCAUUUUCUUAAAAAAAAAAAAAAAUUAUAUAUAUAUCUUUGGUGGAUUUUGUGCUGUGAUUAGCAAUCAGUAAAAGUGCAAUCUUAAAGGAUAAAUAUACUUUCAAUAUGACAACGUUUUGUUUGUUGAAUAUUGCUUUUUUUUUAAUGCCUGCUUUGCUUAUGUUUGACUCAGAAAAAUACAACCCCUCGUGUACAGUGAACUUUGAAAUAAUCAGAGGAGAUUUCAAAUAUGUGAAAAAAACAACAACAAAGAAAAAAAAAGAGGCACCUUACAAACUCUUUCAUUCAAUCCCGAUCGAUCAGUUUUAUUAUCCAGCUCUGUGUUCUCAGCUGAUUUUGACAGUGAAGAGAAUUUGUAUUGUGGUUUUUUGCACGGCAGCACUUGAUCAUAAGCUGACUUUGACACAGGCUGCAGUGUUACAGGGAUAGUGUGUUAUCUGAUGUACAAUACAGAAGAGCAAUACAUUCUGAACAAAGUGACGAGAAGGAACCCCGGACCUCCUCUUUGUUCUGUUUGUUGAUGUCAAUAUCCAAGGAGAAGCGUCCGGCCGGGCCGCCUCCUCAGUCUGUACACAUGAGUCCCUCUCUUACCGACUACUUUGUAGCUCCAGCACAAGGCUCUAAUUUGAUCUGUGUCUCCUGUUUUGCACCUGCAACCAGCCCGGCUGCAGUUAACAAGUUACUCUAAAUCAUUUGAUUAGAUUUUUGUCCCAUUACAGAAAGUCACUUGAGAUGUUCUCAACUCAGACCAGAUAUAAGUUAAGAUUAUUACCUAAGAUUUGGUUCUAUAAAACGCUGAAAAAUAGAGGAAUCACACACAUACAUACACACAUUACACACACAUUACUACAUUUUAGAAGAUGCAGUUAUUGGCAGAAAUAAUUUAAGGAAGAAAUAACUUAUCUCUUAAAGAGCACCACAAAACAGUAAUAAAAGUUAUUCAAUUAAUUAUCUUUAUUUUUAUAGUCACAUUAGACACUUUUGCAAGUAUUUCCUACGCUCUUCAUACUGAAUAAGAGCUGAAGGCAUAAACUCAGAGUAUCAAGCCAACCCAUAUUAUUUGAUAGUGCUGCUAAAUGCAUUUAUUGGACUGAAGCCAGUAAAAGGAAAUAUAACCUUUUUGAUAAUUGCACCUUGAAAGACCACACAUACUCUCUCUCUCUCUCACACACACACACACACACACGCACAACAUCCUCACUUUCAGUAAAGUAGCCAAAUCCAGGAAGUAAUUUCAACACAUGCGCCUCAAUGUAUGUGACACCCCCUCCAUGUAGUGGAAAAUGGUAAUGUACGUUAUCAUUAUUUAUGUAUAUUGUUUGUGCACAUGUGAGUAUGCCCAAUCGUAUUAUCAUUUUGGCAAAAGCAUAUCAGCACCUUGUUUUGUUUUAUUAGUAUGAUUUUCAAAUUAUUUUAUUUCAGAUGUCAAUUUAUAAACAAAUAAUCAUCAUCGUAUUUUAUCAUCCAUAUAAUGUAUAUAACAUUUUAUGAUUGAGGGGCACUUCGUCAUUGCAUAUAACUCUUUUUUUCUGUAAAAAGGAUCUUUUGAAAUGUUGUAAUAUAUGUGAUAGUGAAGAUUUAAGACAAACUUAUUACAAAGAUCUACAGCCUGUAUAUACAUUGGAAAAAUAGGGCUUUUGAUUCGUAGAUGCAGGAAAUACAUUUAUACAUGUAAAGUCUUUUUUCAGAGACUGUAAUUUAUCUAAUUUGAUAUACAGUGAAAUGGGGCUAAUGGUAUUCAUCAUGUAAAUGAUCAUAGUAUGUGAUGUUAUAUAACAAGUUUUUUUUUGUGGUUAAGUUCAUGAUCAAAUCAUUUUUAUUCCCAAGGCUGAACCAGUGUUUGCUAUAAUCAAAAAAUUAUUUAUAUACAUUAAGCGUAUUAAGGUACUCGAUUCCCUGCGUUGCUAUUUUGCUAUACCCAGACAAGAAAUUAUAUUGAUCAAGCACAUAUCAACAACACGUGUACUCUCGUAUUCAGUAUAUGACUCUGCAUGCCUUAAUCCAACAGUUUUUGAAAACGUUCAAUUAGACUUGAAUUUUGAUGGUGUCUCGAACAAGACAGGGUGUAUUGUAUUUCCCUUCAGCAUCUCUUUACGCAUUUUAAAGCAUAAUUUUGUAACGGUAACCAGGGUCAAAGUUAUGCAAUAAUAAUGAAUAGUGCCUCAUAUCACAAACUUGUAACAUCAACUGCUCUGUGCAGCUUUUUUCAAUUUCAACAUGUGUGCUCAAAUUAAUAAAUUUCAAAUGAGGAACCAUGAAUUCUGGGAAAAAAAAGCACAGACAACAAUAUGCAAGUCAGACCUCUAAUGUUGAACUUUUAUUUUCGCACUGAGCCUUAUGCCAUUGUGUCAAAUGCAGCAUCCUCCCGUAACACGUUCACAGGCUGUUUAAAGCACGCAUUAUUACUUUGCUUGCAAUAAGUCACUUCCUCUAAGGGGAACAAAACUGAGUUACAAAGGCCUUUGGAUGUUUCAUCACAUUAAUUCAACGUAGUGAUUCUGUGGAAGAUAAUGAGGAUACUUACAGUAUGUGGCUCUGUGGCUGUAGAGUGAUGCCUUUGUUAAUGAAUACUGAUCUUACACUUCUCUAUCAGUUCAAUAGCUGUUUUACUUUCUGUGUAACAUCUGCUUUUGAUUUCCUGGUUUUUGAAAACAUUUUGAGUAGUGAAGCCAAUGCCUAUGUUUCAAGUUUGCUGAUAUUACGUACAGUAAUCGUUGUUUCUGUAUUUAUGUAAAGUGAGUGUAGUGUAAAUAUAUUAAAAAUCUUUUCAUUCUUACCGUUUCAAAAAAAAAUGUGAUAUUGCUCAGCAUCGCUUCAAAAGGGAGAUUCUUCUCAUGGAAUUCCACAUCUGUAAAAGAAAAAUUUUUAAUCCUGAUAUUUUUCAAAACUUCGAGAACAGGUGUCCUUUUUUUCUGUUAUGCUUUUCUUUUCUCCAAGAGUUGUUUAAGUAUCCAGUCAGUGUUUUGCCUUUUUCUCUGUAUUUUUCAUAUGGAUGGAGCUGUGAAAUUAAAAUAAGUUCAAACAUAUACAUGUAUAUUAAUAUGAAUGGAGGCAUGAAGGUUAAUAAAAUUGCAUUUUGUAUGUAACUCGCUGGUACAGAGCUGGUUGCUAUCUAUGACUGAGAUGGAUGGUAUGUGGUUUCGAUGUCACUUAAGACAUCUGAGCACUGUACUCCCAUUCACUGGCAUUCAGAAACCUAAUCUUGGUAUCAGGGAGCAUUUUUUAAAGAUUAUUUUUUGACAUUUAUGCCUUAAUUAGAUAGUGGGCAAUGAGCAAUCAGACAGGAAACAUGGGGAGCUAGAGAUGGAUAUGACAUGCAAUAAGGGUCCCUGGCUGGAACUGAACCGGGGACUUUGCAUGCACAGUAACCAUUCAGCUAUCAGGGCACUCCUUUGAGAAGAUACUUUAAAUGGUAGCUGACAUGCAGUACAGUAGCGUGUACACAGAGUACAUCUGAUCACUACAGGCAGAGGAAAAAAAACUUGGACAACCACAUAUAUUUGCUUGUUUCAGUACACAGUACAUACAGAUAAAUCCCUAGUUCCUGAAAAUCCUCAGCCACACAUAUUUAAACAUCCAAGUAAAACAGCAUGUACCUUUGCAUAAUAUCAUGUUGCUUUGUUGCUAUUAUCUAGUACAGUACCAACAGACCGUGGUAUUUUAAGACCAUGGUAUGUUUUAACAUAGCCUGUAGUGAAUACAGCUUCUGAGAACAAGUUGCACUUAAAAGAAAACACCCAGUACAUCCUGUACACUCCCCUAUUAUAACUGGCUCUGGAUGAAUGUUUCUGUCAGCCAGAAAAGGAUUCAGAUGAUUACAAUAACAAGGUUUCAAUUCCCACUCCACUAAGCAUUUUGGUGUGCAGUAUAUCACAUGCGUGAUUUAUCACUCACAGGAACCUAUGUUGUGUAGCCUGUACUGUACAAGCAGAGCACAGUGAAAAGGAGCUAAAAGCAAAUAAAAGUGACAUUAUAACAUUCCCCACAGGGAAGUUCCCUUGUGUUCAAUACAAGCUCAGACAUCUUCUCUGGUUUGUAUAGCUUCUCUUGGCACCGAAUGUCAGCACCUCUGCUAGAAAAAGAGAUCUUGUUUUGUUUUGAUGACAUAUAAUUGUCAAUAAGAAAAGCUGUAUUAAGGGUGUGCUUUUGAAUAAUGUGUACAAGCUGAAGUUAAAUAACACGCUGUUGUUGUUCCAAGAACCAAUGAAGCUAAAAAACCUGAUCAGCAAGAAUGAUACAACAACGAGAUGUGAGGAGGAACAAAAUGCGUUUACCUGUAUUCAAUUUAACUGUGUAAAAUAUACAGCUGUCACCUUUCACAAAUAUUCCACAUAAAUAUCUGUAUGUUCUGUUUUUAUUUCCUGCUUUUAAAUGGUUGUUUAAUGAGCAAACAGUUA